CGGGAGCGGGCUCCGGGCGCCGGGCUCCGGGCAGGCGCCGGGGCGCGGCGCGGCGGGAAGAUGACCGCGGGCUCCGGCGUGCUCCUCAUGCUGCUCUCGCUCUCCGGCGCGCUCCGGGCCCAUAAUGGGGAUCUUACAGCCAGGGAGACCUGCAAGGCUGGAUUCUCUGAAGAAGACUACACGGCAUUAAUCUCGGAGAACAUUCUGGAAGGAGAGCGGCUACUCAAAGUCACGUUCAUCCGCUGUUUGGGGACCAGAGGGACACAGUACGAGACCAACAGCACGGACUUCCAAGUCGAGGCAGAUGGGACGGUCUUUGCCACCCGGGAGCUGUGGAUCCCCUCUGAGCAGGUGGCGUUCACUGUGACCGCGUGGGACAGCCAGACGGCUGAGCGAUGGGACGCCGUGGUGCGCCUGCUGGUGGCCCAGCCCUCGUCUGCCCGCUCCGCGCACAAGAAAGGAAAGCAGAGUGCGGCUCCAGAGAGUGCGGCUCCAGACACCUCUCAGCCCCCGAACGACACGCUGCUGCCGUGGCCCCAGCACCAGCACGCCAACGGGCUGCGGAGGCAGAAACGCGACUGGGUCAUCCCACCCAUCAACGUGCCAGAAAAUUCCCGCGGGCCCUUCCCACAGCAGCUUGUGCGGAUCCGGUCUGACAAAGACAACGACAUCCCCAUCCGGUACAGCAUCACGGGCGUGGGCGCCGACCAGCCCCCCAUGGAGGUCUUCAGCAUCGACUCCAUGUCUGGACGGAUGUAUGUCACUCGGCCCAUGGACCGGGAGGAGCGCGCCUCCUACCACCUCAGAGCCCACGCGGUGGACAUGAAUGGCAACAAGGUGGAGAAUCCCAUCGACCUGUACAUCUACGUCAUCGACAUGAACGACAACCGCCCCGAGUUCAUCAACCAGGUCUACAACGGCUCCGUGGACGAGGGCUCCAAGCCAGGCACCUAUGUGAUGACCGUCACGGCCAAUGACGCAGACGACAGCACCACGGCCAACGGGAUGGUGCGGUACCGCAUCGUGACCCAGACCCCGCAGAGCCCAUCCCAGAACAUGUUCACCAUCAACAGCGAGACAGGGGACAUUGUGACCGUGGCAGCUGGCCUGGACCGAGAGAAAGUCCAGCAGUAUACCGUCAUCGUCCAGGCCACGGACAUGGAGGGGAACCUCAACUACGGCCUCUCGAACACAGCCACGGCCAUCAUCACGGUGACGGAUGUGAACGACAACCCACCAGAAUUCACUGCGAGCACGUACGCGGGGGAGGUCCCGGAAAACCAGGUGGAGGUGGUGGUCGCAAACCUCACCGUGAUGGACCGAGAUCAGCCCCACUCGCCCAACUGGAACGCCUUCUACCGGAUCAUCAGCGGGGACCCCUCCGGACACUUCAGCGUCCGCACGGACCCCGUCACCAACGAGGGCAUGGUCACCGUGGUGAAGGCAGUCGACUACGAGCUGAACAGAGCCUUCAUGCUGACUGUGAUGGUGUCCAACCAGGCGCCCCUGGCCGGCGGGGUCCAGAUGUCCUUCCAGUCCACGGCCGGGGUGACCAUCUCCGUCAUGGACAUCAACGAGGCACCCUACUUCCCCUCGAACCACAAGCUGAUCCGCCUGGAGGAAGGUGUGCCCACCGGCACCGUGCUGACCACGUUUUCGGCGGUGGACCCUGACCGGUUCAUGCAGCAGGCUGUGCGAUACUCCAAGCUGUCGGACCCAGCGAACUGGCUGCACAUUAACACCACCAACGGUCAGAUCACCACGGCCGCCGUCCUCGACCGCGAGUCCCUGUACAUCAAAAACAACGUGUACGAGGCCACCUUCCUGGCGGCUGACAACGGGAUCCCCCCGGCCAGUGGCACGGGGACCCUCCAGAUCUAUCUCAUCGACAUCAACGACAAUGCCCCAGAGCUGCUGCCCAAGGAGGCGCAGAUCUGCGAGAAGCCCAGCCUGAAUGCCAUCAACAUCACGGCGGCCGAUGCUGACGUUGACCCCAACAUCGGCCCCUAUGUCUUCGAGCUGCCUUUUGUCCCAGCCACCGUGAGGAAGAACUGGACCAUCACCCGCUUAAACGGUGACUAUGCCCAGCUGAGCUUGCGCGUCCUAUACCUGGAGGCUGGCGUGUACGAUGUCCCCAUCAUCGUUACUGACUCCGGAAACCCCCCGCUGUCCAACACGUCCAUCAUCAAGGUCAAGGUGUGCCCGUGCGACGAGAACGGGGACUGCACCACCAUCGGCGCAGUGGCUGCGGCCGGUCUGGGCACCAGUGCCAUCGUGGCCAUCCUCAUCUGCAUUGUCAUCCUGCUCACCAUGGUCCUGCUGUUCGUGGUGUGGAUGAAACGCAGGGAGAAGGAGCGCCACACCAAGCAGCUGCUCAUCGACCCCGAGGACGAUGUCCGCGACAACAUCCUCAAGUACGACGAGGAAGGGGGCGGCGAGGAGGACCAGGACUAUGACCUCAGCCAACUGCAGCAGCCGGAGACCAUGGAGCACGUGCUGAGCAAGGCGCCCGGCGUGCGGCGUGUGGAUGAGCGGCCCGUGGGUGCAGAGCCCCAGUACCCCGUCAGGCCCGUGGUGCCCCACCCCGGGGACAUUGGGGACUUCAUCAACGAGGGACUCCGAGCCGCGGACAAUGACCCCACAGCACCCCCCUACGACUCCCUACUGGUCUUCGACUAUGAAGGGAGCGGCUCUACGGCGGGCUCCGUCAGCUCCCUGAACUCGUCUAGCUCCGGGGACCAAGACUACGAUUACCUGAACGAGUGGGGGCCCAGGUUCAAGAAGCUGGCAGACAUGUACGGCGGCGGCGAGGACGACUGACGCCCGCGGAGCGGCCCGCGGGGGGUGCCGGGCUUCCCAACUCCCCGCGGACGUGUCAUUUAGUGGUGUGUUAGGGGGUCCCUCCCCGCCCCAGCCCCCCCAACAGUGAGCUGUCUGGCAUGAACACGUCUCGCCCCGCGGCGCGCCACCCACCACAGUAGCUGACUGGCACCGAAGGACAGCGAGAGGCACUCUGUCUUAACUUGAAUUUCUUAGAACAGAAGCACUGUUUUUAAAAAAAAAAAAAAAAUGAAAGUGCCUUUUGGUACAUGUAUCAGAUUCCCUCAAACUCAGGAGUGACGAAAAGCGAGCAGACAGACCACGUACGUCCCCCCAACCCCAGUCCGGAGCGCCCCCAGCCCCAGCUAGUCCCAGCUCUGAAGACACCAAUUAAGGAAUCGGGGAGAACAUGCUUUUUUUUUUUUUUUUUUACUUUUAUUAAGAAAGAAAGUGGGUGAUUUGCUUAACUAAAUUUACAAAGGAAACGGGGUUCAAAUCCCAGUAGGCCUUCUGAGUCCGCGAGCUCACUGUACACAGUUGGGGUCUCCUGGGCCCGCGGCCCCAAGGCUGGAGGGAGGCCAGAGGCCCAGCUGCAGGAGGCCCCCUGGGGGCGAGCCCAGUCGGUCUACUAAGGGCAGCACAGUGCGCACGUGGCUUUCACCAAGUUUUUGGCUGCCCCCCGAAUCCUGACGUGCAGGUAGCUGGGGUGGGAGGGGCGGUGCCCAGGGGCUUUCCUGAUGUUCACUGUCUCUGCCCUUGGCUGUCCCCGGGGCCCCCCGGUCAACCAUUAGGCCUCCCCUGGAGACAGAUGUCACCCCAGAUGCCAAACUGGUCCUGUUGCCUUUGGUCCAGAAGAGUACGGUGUCCCAAGAAGCCACAGCCCAAACCAGCCAGCAUCCUCAAACACCCUGACGUGAGCCCCCCAACUCCUCAAGGUCAGACUCCUAGAGGCCCCCGUCAAAGGCCCAGUGGCCCCGAGGGCUGUGCGGAUGGCAGGGAACGCUGGGAACACGCACCCCCGUCUCCGGCCACUGGCAGCCUCUCUCCCGGGCCCUGCCCCCUGGACCGAAGUCUCUGAUGCUCGUGAGCAGACAUGGACAGCCAAGAUCUGCUCCGGGCGGCCAAACCGCUUGUCGCUGCUGUGCCAUCUGUCCCUCAGGUGCGUCCGGACCGCACCCACCUGAAACAACUGUCUCUCCUCGAGACCCAGGUCAGCACCGAGCAGCUGCUCGGACCCUCGGAACAGAGCUGCCCUUUGCACGGGGGUCUGACACGCAGGACGGUGAACAGCGCCCACUGUGUCCCAGGGACCCGCCGGGGAGACCCUGCUGUGUGGGACCACUCUGGCCUGUUCACAGGCUCCCCAAGAAGGGGGAGGAGGGGUAUUCUGGGCAGGACUUGGCAUUGGAGUGCCCUUGGGGAAGCGGCUUGGAGCCCCAUCCCAGAGCCCUGCAUCAGGAAAAGCCCUGAAAGCCUGGAGAGGUGGGAAGGGCCGGGCUCAGCUGGCUCCUCAUGCUCUCGGCCUGGGGGGUCUUUGAUGCAGUCCUCACCCUAGGGCCUGUCCCCGUGGCUAGGGUCACCCUGUUUUCCAAACAGCUUUGGCCCGAGAGGCGUACAUGAGGGUAGGUGCGUGUGUGUAGUAGGCGUGGCUGUGUCCCCACUGGGAGUCAGGGCUCCUCCCCAGACCAAACUCCUCACUGACUCUACGGUUCUUCCAGAGCUGAGCCAGGCCUGUGGCCUCAGGGCGGGCCUGUAGUGGGCUCUGUCCCUGACCCCAUCUAGAUUGCCAGGCCGGAGGGACGAAAGAGGUCACCACGUCACAUGCUGGAUGCCCCUCCUUGUAGACCACCAUCUGCGCAUCAGGGGAUGGGUGGCCCACUGAGGGGAAGGGGCUGGGACCCCUGUCCAAAGUCGUGUUGUGCAGGUGCCUCAGGGCCAGGCAAGGACAGCCAUCCCCGCAUCUGGGGGCCGCCAUUCCAGGGACUGCUGGUAGGGUCAGGGCUGGUGGGGCGUGAGCUGGAGUCUUCUGUUUCGUGUUCGGAAACUCCACCUUCCUGUUGAACUUCCAAGUGUGACCAUGGUCUGGGAGCGGAGGCAGCUGCGGACUCUGAAUUUUCGAGGCCCCCCGGGUCCCCAGGGCACUGGGCCUGAGAGGACAGAGGUGCCAGGCCCGCCCUAGGACCUGGCCUGCUGCACACCCAUCCUGCAGAACCCCAUGCAGGUGCCCGUCUCCCCUGCCGCCCUCUGGCUCCUCACCCCGCAACCCUGCCCCACACCACCGCCAGGCCCCUGGUGCAUUUUGCCUAAAUCAUGCAGGCUGAGGCUGGGGGGACACUGAUGGGGGACUUCUCAUGCCCGUCCCUGCUUCCAGACAGCUAGAUGGCUGCCCCUCUCGUUCGCCCCAGCAGUCCCUGGGGGCCAGAGAAAGAUGGGGCUCCCACGCCCUCCCACACCCACCUCGGAAACCCGUUCUGAGGUGAAGUUAGCAUUAGCUAGAUGCACAGGCGGUGUCAAACGCCUCUCUCAUGUAGCUUGUAGACACAUGUCCCCGUGAGCGGGGACCUCGCUGGCAAAGUGCUGGGGGCACAGCUUAGUUUCUAUAGGGAGUUUCGUUCUGUGAACAGGAGAAACCCCACGCCGUGGGGCGGGGCAGCACGGACGCGGCCUUGUGGUCCCCAGCCGAGGACCCCCGUGUCGGUCUGGGCCUCACACCCCGCUCCUUGUCUUUCCCGUGUCUCAGCAGAUCCAAGGGCUGGGCCCCCCGCCACCGAAGGGUCAGGGUAACGGCCACACGUCAGGUCCUCGACAUGCCUUGGUUUCCCUGGGGUGAGCACCGGCCCACACACCUGGUCCUCUGAGAGGGCAGCUCUGUUCUCUCCAAGGGGGAAGGUUAGCGGAGUCUCAACUGUUGUUGAGGCUACAAAUAGCACCAAAAACCCCAACACGGCCUCCCGGCACAGAGCAUCCUGCAAAGUCACUCGCACAGCGUGGGGCACAAAAGACAGGUCCUGCUCGGGCGACACGUCCCCCGGGGGGCCACCUCUGUGUAUAAUUGGAACGCGUUUCUUUUCCUUUCCUCUCCUUUUUCCAUUCUGAUUUUUUUUUUUUUUGCAUGUUUCUUUUUGAAAAUGGACAAACUGUGUAACAGCCCCCGCAUGACUGUGGUUGUUUUGGGGAAAGGUCCUGGAGUCCGACGCAUUCAGGCUGCAACUCUGAGCAUUGUGCAG